AUGUGAUACUAAAUUUCUAAAAAAAUCUGUUCCGAUGUGGAAACAAAUGCAUUUUGAAUGGCCUGAUGAAUAAUGAAUAAAAAAGCUCAUUUUAAUUUUCCAGUGAACUAUUCCUUUAAGACAAAUCUCAAAGAUCAAUAUGAUAGCAAAAUAAAAAUGCUGAUCAGUACAAAUCUGCUACUCACUGCCCUAAAACACACUCGACUGCAUUAACCUUGAGAAAAUUAUAUAAAACCUUACAACACCUCUACAUUUACAAUUGUAGUAAUGUUCAUCAGUUCAAUGUACUGCAUCAAUUUACCUGAAAGUGUAUGAUAAUUUAUAUUACUAUUUACAAACUGUUAAGAGACACACACACAUAGCUGCCUAAAGAAAGCAAAAUGUCCUUGGCAUGAUAGGAGUAAAUGAGCUAGUGGCCUGACAGUUUUUUGUUCUAAAAUAGCUUGUUGAUUAAUGGCCAUGUCAUUUUCUAUAUGGGGAAAAAAGGAUGGGGAGUCAGGGGCUCCGAAGGGCUGGGAGAUAAGGCGUCUGACAGCCCUCAAGUGACUAGCCACAAUUCCUUUCCACUCAAUAUCAUAGAUUUUUCAUGUAUAAUCAAAGGAGUGCAAUUUUGGGGGCAUUUAUGGCACAGAGGUCAAUGUUGUGUGGAACACAAUUGCACCUCUGGGGGAAAUGCACUCUUGCUUUUUUUCCUUUGCUUGCAAUAACUUGAAAAACAUGUUACUCAGCAAAGAGUCUGAUUUACAGAUAAAAUAUUGAACCAGUUGCCAUUUUUUAAAGUCUUUUUACUGCUUUGAAAAAUCCUUUAUAGGUUUGUUUUUGGCUCUGAAAUCAUGUCCUCUAUCUCGUAGAUUACUCGUGUCUCCUUAAAUAAAGCAUUGAUUAUGGGGAAGGUGAUAUGAAAAUUAGGAUGCAGAGGAGGUAUCAAGCGGCCUAUAUGCUUCCUCAAUUGUAUAGUGGCACAAAAGAAUCUCCUGUUGCCCCUUCAUCCAUAUCUCCAAUCAAACCUGGCUUGUUUAGUACCUUUGGUUUAAUCAUGAGGGGCUUUAGGGGCUGUCCACAAAAAAGCUAUUGUAUCUUACUUAAUUAUAACCUCAGAAAUGAUCUGACCUGUCCGGUGCCAGGUGCAGUGAAGUGUGCAAAAGCUUGCAUGCCAUGAGGUCCCACUGGAUAAGAAAAAGAAACACUAGAUGCCCAUCGUGAUCGGAUAAGUGAAAAAUAACCUAACAAUGUUACAUCUGAGAAGAAGAAGAAAAAGAAAAAAGGCGGAGAAACUUCGGUAAAGACCUAAUGGAAAGUUUUUCCCUCCCCUCUUGGUUUCUGAGACUUCUGGGUACCCUAAAAAGGUAGCAAUAUGAGCCCCAGCGGUUUUUUCUUUUUCUUUACUUUACUUCCCAUACCACCUCUGUGAGUCUGAGCCCAUUCGGAAGGUUUCUGUUCAAAAGUCAGCAUGGAUCAUCCAGGAGGACGCCUUGCUGUGGUUCUGUUCCUACUGGUUCUGGUUUCUAUGUCCACCGAAAACAACAUUAUCAGAUGGUGCACAGUGUCUGAUGCUGAAGAGCAGAAGUGUCUGGAUCUAGCUGGGAACGUCACAGCCAGGAACAUCCGCGGACAACUCCUUUGUGUGAGGGGCCAAAGUCCCACUGACUGCAUGAAGCAAAUUAAGAAUGGCACUGCAGAUGCCUCCACUAUGUAUGCGGAUGAGAUCUACACAGCUGGGUUUUGCUAUGGCUUAGAUGUGGCUGUGGGAGAGUCUUAUAACGGUGUGGAUGGCAUUAAUUAUUACGUGGUUGCACUGGCACGGACAUCAUCCAGUGAUCUGUCACUUCUGGAGAUGCAUGAACGCAGCUCCUGUCACCCAGGGAUGCGGACAACAGUGGGCUGGACCGUCCCCAUCGGCUUCCUGGUCAACACAUCGCAGAUCAGCGUGGAUGAGCAGUGCAACUUUCCCCAUGCGGUAGGAGAUUUCUUUGGAUACAGCUGUGUCCCUGGAGUGAAGGACCCAGAACAUGAUCCCAAAGGAAAUAACCCAAGGAACCUGUGUGAGGCCUGCAUUGGGGAUGAUAAUGACCACCACAUCUGUGUCAAUAACCCUCGGGAACGGCACUUCGGGGAGGCUGGAGCUCUUAGGUGUGUGGCCGAGAAUCUCGGGGAUGUUGCUUUUGUUAAGCACACUACAGUCUUCGACAACAUACAGGGUAAGAACCAGGAGUCCUGGGCCUUGGACCUGGAGCUGGAAGACUUGAAGCUCUUGUGUCCUGACGGGAGAGAAGCUAACCUGUUCCAACACGAGAGCUGCCACCUGGCUGUCGUGCCAACCAAUGCUGUGGUAGUGCGUUUGGAGGACAAAUGCCGCGUUUACAAGUUCUUGGAACGUGUACAGAACGCAUUUGCUAAUGCUACUGAAGGAUUCUCUCUAUUCAGCUCGGUGAAUUAUGGGCAACCUGAUGUGCUGUUCAGCGACUCCACCAAAAAGCUGCUGCAUGUUAUGGGGACCUACACGUCCUGGUUGGGGCCCAGUUACACCACCAUGCUGAAGGCUUUUGAGUGUGAAGGUUUGUGUUAAUCUGAUGAGGAAAGAGGAAACUAUAGAUCUCCCCUCCAUCCUUCUCACACUAACUCUAAAGCACUCUCUAUUAAGUGUAUUACUCUCGUAUAUGGGCUGAAAGCCAACUGUCGCCUUUACUUUGUAGUACUAUUACUGUUCUGUUCUCACAGUGUUCGUAUGGCUCCAUAUAUCACAUAUCACCUCUUUGGGUCUUUGCCACUAAAGCUAGGUACUUGCCAUGGGAAAAAUACAAAAAUAAACUUGAAAAUGUCUAAUCUUCUAUGCAAAAAAGCAUUGCAGGGGAACACACAGCAAACCAUGAUGGGAUUCUGCCUUGACCAUUGUUAAUAAAUCCAAAUAAAUUCAUUACAAACCAACCAAGGGAUGCAAAAUACACAUUCUGCCCUUCAGAGCCAAAGCAUACUUUAUGCAAGUACAUGUAAAAGUUUAAAGGCGGACAGACUUAUGGUUGGUUGUGACAUAACAGGUGCUUUAAAGGUGCUGUAUCCUGACCCUCCAGGAUAACAUAUAUUACCAAACUUGAACUUCAGUGUAAAUAGUCAUGUCACUCUUAGAUUUAUAGAACCUUCUCUUAUUAAUAAAAAUCUUUGUU